AUGGAGAGAGCCGCUGUGGCAUCGGCCCGUAGGUGUCCCUCAGCACAAGAAUGCAACAUCUCAACCUCCACCUUGGCCUUCGACCAGCACUUCUCAACAACUACCAAAGAAAUUCUCGUCUUGGCUGAGAUAGUGUGUGGUAUGUUGGUGUGGAUUCUGAUAGGGGAUAUUCAUCUGUCUGCUCUCUGCUGGGUGAUGUUUUUUGCCAUCUUGUGCUGGGUUCUUACUGUUUGCCUGUUUAUAAUUUACCUCACUGGAGCCCAGAACAGGAUUCCACAGUUCCCCUGGACUACACUGUCGCUGUGUUUGAACUGCAGUGCUGCAGCUCUGUAUCUGGUGACAGCAGUAGUAGCUGCUCUCUCAGUCAACCAGGCCACCAGGGGGCGACAGCAUCUGCAAGUAGGCUCCACUUUCUUUGCAUUUCUGACUACUGCAGGAAGCAGUUACCUGAGCUACUGUGCCUGGAAAACCACAGAAGUAGGACAAUAG